CGAAACCCAAUUUCUCCCCAAUAUAGAAAAUCUCGUGCUCAAAAAACAACUCUCGCAAAGUAAAACAAUUUCUCCCCAAUAUCGAAACCCGUCUGCAAAUGCGGUUUAGAUGGUUACCAUUUUAUGGGAUUUUCGCUUUUACCGUGCAAUCAACUUUCCUGUUUCUAUGAUGCAUCAUGAAAACUCCACCCAAACAUUUGCCCAACUUCCCCAAAGGAGAAAGCUUUAUACUCCGUACUUACCGCAAUCCUCUCUGUGUGACUGUAUGUGUGAUUUGGAAUUUAGCUCCUCUCCAGUGACCGGAAUUUUCCAAAUGAAAGAGAUUAGAGGAUAGUGGGGUAGGGACAAAUAAAAGGUACGGUUGGUGAUUUGCAAGAGAGAUUGAAAAGGAAAUGGAGAGGAAUAUGAGUCGUGUAUUUGUAUGUAUUAUGUAUAGAGGAGCUAGCGGUGCUGAUGUGCGCACUGGGAUGAAUCUUCAGAAACCGACAGCCAUUCUUUUCUAUUUUUUGCAGGUCGAUUUUUUUUUAUCUUAAGUGUUUUUGCCCUCCCAAACAGCCCUUCAUGGCCGCCUUUUCUUGCUUUGCCUCCCCCCUAAUCUCCGUUUCUUCCCAGCUCAACUACUACCCAAGUUUGGGUUCAAAGGGAAAUCAGAACUCAGUUAUUGUCACUGCUAGAACUGCAAAUCACAGACUUUACUACCAAAAAAUAGGGAAGGGCAAUCUGUGGAGUGAAUGUAGCUUUCUUGGGAAAUCAGGGGCCUCAGUUCAACCCAUAUUUGGGAGAAAGUCUUUGCACAGGAAGAAGUUCGGGGUAUCUGCAUCAUUUUUGUCAGCUUCUCAAAUUGCUAGCAGUGCGUUUACAUGGGGGACUGUAGCCGUCCUUCCAUUUUAUACAUUCAUGGUUGUUGCACCGCGGUCCGACUUGACCAAGAAAUUGAUGGGAAAUGGCACACCAUUUGUCGCACUUGGAGUGGUGUAUGCCUAUCUUCUGUAUCUUUCUUGGACACCUGAUACAUUGCGGUUUAUGUUUUCUAGCAAGUAUUGGCUGCCAGAGCUUCCCGGCAUGGCUCAGAUGUUUGCGAAUGAGAUGACUCUGGCUUCCGCGUGGAUUCACCUGUUAGUGGUGGAUCUUUAUGCUGCAAAGCAGGUGUAUGAAGACGGUAUGCAAAAUGAUGUUGAGAUCCGUCAUUCGGUGUUGCUAUGCUUGCUAUGUUGCCCCAUUGGAAUUCUGGUUCAUAUCAUAACCAAAGCUCUAGUAAAUAGCCAGAAAGGAAAACGCACAAUUCAAUAGGAAUUCAACAAUUUGUUUCUACUGCACUGUUGCUUUUAUCGCUCCAAUGGAAUUAUUAGAACUGUUAAAUCAUUGUUAAGAUGACCAUCGCGAGCCUUAUUUACACUUUUGGACUUUGGAGUUAUGUUAAUUGUUCUCAUGCCCAUUUGGUAGCACCAAUUAUGACUAGUUUAUUAUAAUUUGGGGGUGGGCAAAUCCAUUAGGUCAACUGUACGAAACCGAAGUAAAUCAAACCAAGAUUAAACUAUAUGCAAUUC